AUGCCUUUCAUUGGUAGCAAAGCACUGGCUAAAUUCCUAAGUAGUAAUCUCGGCCAAACUUCGGAGCAAAGACGAAAUAUUGAAAAAAACGUCAGUUUUUCUAAUACAGUAAAAUUACUUUUUGGCAGCAAGAUUGAAAUUGAGGGGAUAGGUUUAGAUGUGGGUCUAGUAGAGGCGCCGAAGGACUUGGCGCACGACAAAAAAUUGUUGAUGGUUCAGUUCUGGGAUACCCCGACCAAAAUUAUACCCAAGGAAAAACCUUUUGAAAAUUACUUUUUGAUAUUGCCUGAGGACGGCGAGGAAGCGACUGUUUUAACCAUGACCCCAGGAGUAAAAAGAGCAAAAAUUGGUGCUUUUCUGAGUCGUCUCCCUUACUCAGUUGGGUUUUUUGUUGAUGGCGAUGACCUCAUUGAUUUCUUGGCUGAAGAAUUGAAAGAAAAAAAACUUUUUAGCAUUCCCAAAAUUAGACGUGAUGAAGAUGUCAAAGUUACGCUUUUUACUCCGGGUACGAACCGCGAAACAAUGAUUUUAGCCAAACAAGGAUAUGAAAGAAAUAAUAAUUUUGGAAAUCAACAAGGGUCACCAAAGUCAAUUAAUCCAAAACUUCUUAAAGA